AUGGAACAAUCACAAAGUAACUCACAGCCACAAGAUAAUGUUGUUCAAAAUUCUCAAACUGGUUCAUCCAGAGGUAAAUCUGAUCCAGCUUGGCAGUAUUUUACAGUGAAGUAUGACAAAAAUAACAAGGCUCAAUAUACAUGUAUUUUCUGCUUGAAUACUUACAAUGGAGGGGGGAUAUAUAGAAUGAAAUAUCAUCUUGCAAAAAUUCCUAGACAAAUUAAAGUUUGUAACAAAGUAACAGAUGAUGUUGAACUUCAAUUCAAAAGGCUUUUGGAGGAAAACAAAAAAAAUAAGGCAGAAAAAAGAAAAUUUACAUCUGAUUGUUAUGAUGUGGAAAGUGAAAGAGAAGCGGAAGAAGAGGGUGAAGCGCCUAAUCCUGUACAACCUCCAGCUCCUGCAACAAUGGGAGACAAAGGAAAGAGAAGAGCGAUUGCUGCUACUCCAAUUGGAAGUUAUUUUAAGGAAAGGACUACGCCAGGCUCUCAACCAGCUUUGAAAAGUGUCUUGGCCAAUAAACAAGUUAAACACAAGGUUAAGUUGGGGCUUGCAAGAUGGAUCAUUGAUGCACGGAUUCCAUUCAAUGCAAUUCAAUCGCCUUACUUUCAACCUGCCUUGGACGGCGUUGCUGUAAUUGGACCUGGUUUCAAGGGACCGUCGUAUGACGAAAUGAGAGUUCAUUUGCUGGCCGAUCUUAAGAAAGAGUGUCAGUUGCUUGUUGAAGGUUAUAGGAGCUCGUGGAAAAGGACUGGUUGUACACUGAUGGCAGAUAGCUGGACUGAUCAAAGGCAGCGUACAUUAAUUAAUUUUCUAGUUUAUUAUCCUGCUGGUAUGUCAUUUGUUAAGUCUGUUGAUGCUUCUGAUAUGAUAAAAACUGCCGAUACCUUGUUUAAAUUGUUUGCUGAGGUUAUUGAGUGGGUUGGGUCUAGUAACAUGUGCAUGUGGUUACUGAUAAUGCUGCGAAUUAUAAAAAGAAAAGAGUGGAAAGAAAUUGUUCGACCAGGAGUAACACAUUUUGCUACUGUUUUCAUUACUUUGAAAAGUAUAUAUGUUCAUAAAGAAGACUUGCAAUCAUUGGUGAUUGACAAAUAUUUCACUUCUCAUAAAUUAUCCAAGAGUGUCAAUGGGAAGAUGGUUAGUUCAAUUAUCUUGGAUAGUAAGUUUUGGGAGGAUUGUUUUACUACUGUUAUGCUUGUUGGUCCUCUAAUUAAGUUAUUGAGACUUGUUGAUGCUGAUGAGAAACCUUCUCUGAGUAUCGUGUAUGCGGGCAUGCAAAGAGCCAAAAUUAAUAUCAAGACAAUGUUUAGAAAUAGGAAAUCUGCAUACACACCUUAUACAAGUAUCUUGAAAAUGCGGUGGGAUAAGCAUUUGAAGCGUGACCUCCAUGCAGCAGCAUACUUUUUGAAUCCAGAUUACUUCUAUAGUGAGGGGUUUGUUGAGAAGGCAAAUAUCUUAAGGCCUUUGCUUGAUUUAUUUGAUAUUGAAACUCUUUGCGAUGACUCGGUUGCCGCAAUGCAAGAGAUACAGUUGUAUCGAGAUCGAAAAGAAAGUUUUGGAAGGGAAAGUGCAUUAAAAGCAAUUAAGAGACUUGAACCUGGUGAAUGGUGGAGGCUACAUGGUGGGAGUGCUCCUAACUUGCAAAAAAUGGCAAUUUGUCUUCUUCAUCAAACAUCUUCAUCAUCCGGCUGUGAGAGGAACUGGAGCCUCUUUGAACAAAUCCAUUCAAAGAGGAGGAACCGAUUAGUGCAUCAAAGGCUAAGUGACAUUGUUUAUGUCACUUAUAAUCUACGCCUUCAAUCUAGAAUGCAUCGCAAGAAGAAGAAUUAUGAUCCAAUUGACAUUCAAAGCAUUGACACAGUAGAUUUUUGGGUAAUGCCGGAUGAAGAUGAUCCUGAAUUUACUAAUGGAGACAUCGAAGGCAUUGAAAAUUUAAUUUAUACGGAUAAUGCUAUGCCUUCAUAUCCUACAUAUGGAGGAGAUGUGGAACUUGAUGUGAAUUUCCCUAAUGUUGCUGAUUCUACAAAUACAGCUUCUUUUGGUGGUACUUCUGAUGAUGGUGACUUUGGAUUACCUGUUUAUGAUGGAGAUGUUGGAACACUUAAUGAUAAUUCUGAUUUUUUAUGA